AUGUGUACACUCAGACAGAAUGAAGAUACCCGACCUGUGGUUUACCUAGAUGAAACCUGGGUAAACCAAAAUCAUUCAAGGUCUCGUAUUUGGCAGAAUAAUGAAGAAACUAAGGAAUUUAAAAUACCAACCGGCAAAGGAGGUCGCCUAAUAAUUACUCACGCUGGAUCAUCGCGUUUCGGGUUCAUAGAGGGAUCGAAAUUAGUUUUUAAAUGCCAAGCUGGAAAUUCUACUGACUACCAUUCGUCUAUGAAUUCAGAUGUGUUUAAACAAUGGUAUGUAGAUAUGCUAAAACUACUUCCCGAACCAUGCGUAAUCAUUAUGGAUAAUGCACCCUAUCAUUCUAUGUUGGUAAACAAUUACCCAAAAUGUAAUGCUCGAAAAGCUGAGGUGCAGGAAUGGUUGAAAAAUCAAAAUAUUAGUUUUUCACCUUUGGAAACUUUAGCCGAACUACGCGAACGUGUGAAUUUGUUAAAACCGACAUUUAAAAGGUACGAGCUAGAUGAAAUAGUAAGUUCAAUGGGCCAUGAAGUAGUACGACUGCCGCCGUACCAUUGUCAGUAUAACCCCAUUGAACUUAUAUGGGCUCAAGUAAAAGGCAAAGUGGCAACAGAUAAUUCAACGUUUAAAAUGGUGGACGUCGAAAGACUCACUCACGAAGCAUUGGAUUUGGUAUCCAAGAGUGACUGGGAAAAAUGCGUUAAACAUACUGAGACAAUCCAGGAUGAAGAUUAUCAGAAGGAGAUACUAAUGGACAGUGUAUUAGAGCCGCUCAUUAUAACUUUUCAAACUGACGACAGUGAUUUUGGCAAUGACGAGGACAGUGAAGAUGUCGUUCAAACACUUAUUUAA